AUGGCCCGGGAGUGCUUUAUCAACGAAUUUGAACAGAAACGAGACAAAGACACGAAAAAGCCUGUCUUGAACACGAUGAUGGCAUUUAGCACAUUCUUUUCUAUAUUUAAAACAACAAAUGAGAAGACAAAGAAUUGUGGAUAUAUUCUAUUUGAUAUGGUUUCUGAAAGUGGUAAUAUUUCUCGACCAACUUUUGUUUCUUUAUUUCAACACGCUGAUAUGAUAUACUACAAAACUGAAGAUGUCACACCACAGAUGAUAUUUACAGUAGCUUAUCUGACUCUAGACACUCAAGGUGGCAUACCCAAAAAAGAUUUAUUAGACAUCAUUAAGAAGAUCAAAUCCAAUGAGAACUCGUCGAAGAUCCCAUUACUGAAAGAAGCUAUUUCCACACAAACUGCCACAACUAAAAUUGUUGAUUUAGAUAUGUUCUUGUCUAUAUUUAACACGGCGUUUAAUAUUAAUGGCUCUUCAUCGACGUUUUUAAAGAAGAUAGAGUAUAUAAACAUUGCAAAGACGUUCCACGAGACGGUUGGAUAUAAAGAUUCAAAGAAGUUGUAUUUCAAUGCCGCAUGUGAGAUGCUUGGAAAGGUAUACCCAAUAAGUAAAGAGUGUCGCACGUAUUUAUCUGAUCUCAUAGAAGUUGUUAAAGAGAAGGAGAACAUCACUGUGUCCAAUAUAAUAACUAUUUCUCAACAAAUUGAGUAUUAUCGGACUAAAAUGGGUGAAAUCACACCAGAGACUUUUUUAGUUGGGGUGUUUAGAGUGAUAGACAAGAACUGUGAUGGUACUUUAGAUAAGACUGAAAUUACAAAAUACAUCAAAGACGUGACUCCUAAAAAGUGUGAGCCACGAGAAGAGUUGGUUACGAUGAAAGAGGCUGUGCAAGAAGGUCCACUCAAUUUAGAACAGUUCUUGUUGCUCUCUGGAACACUUAAGAGUGUUGUCGCAAUGAUCAAAGCCAAAUUGAACCACAAAAAGAAACCAAAGAAGAACGCAGAGGAAGAAAAGAAGUUCAAAGAUGACAUCGAACAAGAGAAGAUGGAAAUGGAGAUAAAAUUGAAGUUGAAGGAAGAGCGUGAGGCUAAUGGGGAAGACACUGGUGACGAGGAAGAAGAUGCCAAAACCAUCAAACGAAUGGCCGAAGAAGAAAUAAAGAAAAAGACUGGACACACUCCACGUGUGAUGAAAACAGUGAAUGAAAUCAGUAAAGCCGACUCCCCUGUAACUGCAGUGAUUCAACCAGUUGAGACCAAACCCGAAAUGAAAUCAAUUAACAAACCUUCAAAUAAAGUCGAAACAAAUUCUUUGGAACGAAGUCAAUUGUUCCAAAGCCAAGUACGAACUCCACAGAAGCCAAAUUCGACGAAGAACACGCGAUCCAAAUUAGGAGAGAGUCGGGGUGGGCAAGCAAAGGCCAAAGCCGCAUCAAUUAAAGGGAGUUCAGUUGAUGUGAAAGAUCGGCACAUCAAUAAAAGUUCUCCUAUAGUGAGUUUGCAAGAAUUUGAAGAUACUAUAGACACUUCAUUUAAAAGUCUUGACGAAUAUGAGAGGGGGAUAUUCACUAUGUGUUAUGCAGUUGGUAAUAUCGAUUUGGGCGAAGGGAUAACACGAGAAAUGAAUGACUACAUCAUCACCACGUUAUCUGCAAACGCCUUUUAUAAGACAGUAAAAGAAAUUGAUGACACAUAUCCUUUAGUUUAUAAGAUGUUAACGCAUAUGGGGAAGAAAGGAGUCAAUGCAGCUGAUUUGUAUCAAUUAGUUGAUAUCUUAGGACUUGUGUACCACGAAAAUGUCGACUCAAGUUCUGAAGAUAGAAAAGUGAAUGGAGACGAUGACCAACUUGAUUAUAUCUACGAAACAUAUACAGAAGAACACGCAGAAGAGACAGUCACUUUUUAUGACCACGACAGAGAUGGUUAUUUAAAUGAAGACGAAUUUAUUAAUUCAAUAUAUGACGAAUACCCCAUCAUAGAAGAUGAUGAUCCUGAGAUCAAAGAAAUGAAGUUGAAGAGAUACGCAUAUAAAGUGUUAAGGAGAGAAAAUAAGGACAGGACGUUGUUCACUUUUAACUCCGACCGUUUCGUCGACUCGAUGUUUGGUGUGAUGGAUGACUGCACAACUCUUGAAAACGACUUAGAUGAAAACACAUUCAUCUUCUUGUUCAAAAUUAAGGCGGAGAAUGAUGUGAUAGAGCCAAAUGUCUUUAUGGAGCUUGUCGAAUUAGUCGCAGACUCAGUCAUAUACACUAAAGACAAACAAAAAGUGUUUGCUCCAGAAAAGUUGUUGCAAACGUUGUUCGAGUGGUACGUCCCAAAAGAACAAGUAUUGAUGCCCAUCAGUACUUUCGACUCAAUUUUGAAUCACUUUGGAGGGUCUGUUUAUGACGAACAAUUCAGUAAUGUGCUUACAAAAAUAGAAAACCCUUCAAUGCUGAGUUCAAGAGACUUCACACAAAUCAUUAUGGAUGUACUCAUUGCUGGAACAGAUUGA